AUGACGCCGUCAAAAGAUAUUCAACUUUCAACUCUGUACGACAAUAUUGAAUCGCAUUUACGAGCACUGGAAUCUUUGGGCGUCACUUCAGACAAAUGUGCCACCAUGUUGUUCCUUCUCGUGGAAUCGUCUCUCCCCGAGGAAUUACUACGCGCAUGGCAACGAAGCAGUAUGACACAUGGAUCUACAGCGCGGGAAUUGGAAAAUGUCGAAACUCAAGCAGAAGAUAGGUUAACACAACUGAUUAAGUUUUUAAGUUUUGAAGCUAAAGUUCAAAGCGAACUUCGUAUAUCGAUGGCUGUUAAAGGUUUUGGUCUAAAGUCGAGUGAAAAAAGUGACUCUGAUAAACUCAGAAAAAAUAAAAAUCGUCAUGAAAAUAGAGACGUUCCCUCGGCUAUGGGACUAUUAUCUACGAAAGGUAAUAUUGAUAAGUGUCUAUUUUGCGAUUCUAGUGAACAUGACAGUUGUGGAUGUGAGGUGGCGAAAAAGAUGUCACUUGAAAAAAGACGAGAAGUGGUAAAAAAUAAACACGUGUGUUUUAAUUGUCUCAAAAAAGGACAUAGCUGUAAAGUGUGUAGAAGUAAAAUAACGUGUGCUUGGUGUAAUCGUCGUCAUCUCAUAAUUAUGUGUCCUGAAGAGGGAAAACGAGAUAACGUGCCAGAAGAUUCUCCUCCUGUAACGACAAGUUGUAUAGCAAACCAGAGUAGUGUGUCUGAAGUUUUCCUCCAGACUAUUAAGGUUAAAAUCGUUAAUGGAAAUAAUAAAGUGGUUGUUUGA